CCGAUUCAGAUGUCAAUAGCAAGCAUCACUUGGAAGACAAAAGGUUGAGGCUUCGAGAAGAUGCAGCAACUGUCAAAAGCUUUAAACACAUUUCAAUUUUACGUCACUUUGGCCGUCGUCUUAGCGUCUGCAGCCAACACAAUUGCUCUCGAGUGCUACGUCUGCAGCUACACGUUGAGCCAGAGUGAUGCCACCUGCCUCACGAAUGCCACAGCCGGACGAGCCAUCAACUGCAGCAUGAAGUACUGUUUGACGGUGCGUCAAGAAAUGAUUCACAAUGCGAACAAAGUCAAUUCCUUUCUACGUGACUGUCAGGAUAAGCCGCUUAUGCUCAACGGAGUCCAAACGGAUCCCUCCUAUCGCACCUACUAUCGCUCCUGCCAGCAGAAUCUCUGCAAUGGCCACAACGGACGAGUGUACAAUACCAGUGGGAAUAUUGCAGCUGGAGGAGGAGGUGGAGGAGGAGUCAGUGGAGCUGUUGCAAGUGGCAAUCACAAUGCCAUUAUAGCUGGCAAAAGCGGAAGCCCAAAGGCAAGGACGAGUUUGCGAGUUUGCUGGCUUCUUCUCAUGUCGUUGUUGGUAACUGUAAUUAGCGUUGAAUGCAUGCGAUGAGAUAUGGCUAAAAGCACAAGACAAGACUCCUUCCCCCACUCGUAAUAUAUGCCAACCUUAAAAUAAAAUGCCGCCAGCAUCCAAUUAAAACGCUUUUAGCCAAAGCCCGUAGAACGAAAAAGAGGGGAACAUAAAGAAGAGGGUUACCAUCAGGUGCCUAGCUGAAAGUUGACCCCGAUUGCGAGGUUUUAUUUUUACUUUUCGCCAUUGUAACACAUUUGUUGGCGAAGGAGUUCAUCGAGGUCAGCCUUCAGCUUAGGACUUCCGUUACACGCCCCCACGUUAUUGGGGCAGAAGCGGAGGCGGAGGC